AUCCACUUCAAGAUUCCAAUCCUGAGAACAUCUGUCGACUGAGCAGAAAGUCAUCACUGCCAUUGAAGAGAUGAAAAGGAGCGAGGAAACAAGUAUACCUGUAAAGGCAUCGAUAGAGACGAUGUAUGACAACGAGGUAGACAGCGAAGGAGAGUGGCACGGGGAGGCAGGAGUGUAUAAGGGUGAAUUAGACAUCGGUGGCGUGAGGUCGGUGACCAGGUUGGCCAACAUGGGUGUUGGUGGUAUGGCAUCGAAGAAAAAAGGAGUUAGUGGGCACGUUGACUAUGAAUUGGGGAAGACUCAAUUAGACCUUGGUGGUGAGUUGAUGGUGGAGGGCAGGUUGCCCAGCGCCGGUGUUGCUGCUGGGAUAACUAACGAAGGAGUUAAAGCCAUGGCCACAGCUGAGCUCCUAGGUGCCUCUGUGUCCCACGGGAAGGCGACAGCCACAAUGCGUCUGGCAGCUGAUACAGGCUUUGGAGUUGGCAAGGAUGGGAUCGAGGCACAAUUUCUGGGUACAGGAUUCUCUAUCGGGAAGAAAACAUCAAUUUCUCUGUUUGGUUCCAAGUUUGAAUGGGACUUCAGCAAGUGACACGCCACCACUCAGAGCCCAGAGGUCCACUUCUUUGGAGAUUAAUUAAUUCCACCUGGUUAGUUCUCUUAUAGCCUACAGAUAAGGCUUCAGGGCCACAAGAUGUGCUUGGCUUCUUUUAAACUUAAUGAAAACAUCUUGAUGUAUUGUACUUAAUCAGUGGACUGCAUUUACAAUAUAUUAUCAACUCUA